CCAUAACCCUAAACCAACCUACUUUAUUAUUCUCAUCUCAACAAAUCUCAUUUUUCUUCCUAUAAAAAUCUUCAUUUAGUAAUUUUUCCAUGCUGAUUAAUUAUUAACCAACAAGUAAAACUGGGUAUUGUUUCUUCCAUUAUCAAUCAUAGUUUUCAGUUAUUUAUGGAGGAAACCAGAAGCGAUGAUUCGAGGAUGUGUCCUAGAGGACACUGGAGGCCAGCCGAAGACGAGAAGCUGAGGCAGCUCGUUCAACUUUACGGACCUCAGAAUUGGAAUUCCAUCGCUGAAAAACUUCAAGGAAGAUCAGGAAAGAGUUGUAGACUAAGAUGGUUUAAUCAGCUUGAUCCUAGAAUAAACAGAAGGCCAUUUACAGAUGAGGAAGAGGAAAAGCUUUUGGCAGCUCAUCGCGUACAUGGAAACCGAUGGGCUCUCAUAUCACGGUUAUUUCCUGGUCGAACUGAUAAUGCAGUCAAGAAUCACUGGCACGUUAUUAUGGCGAGAAAGCAAAGGGAAAAAUCAAAACUUUGUGGAAAAACAAGGUACGAAGAUGAUUUACAAAGUAGUAGUAAACUGAAAAUGAAUCAUGGAAGGGACUUCUUGAACUCCAACAAGUAUUCUACCUCAAUCUCUUUCGCAGCUGGUUUGCAGUUACAGAAUGAUGGCAUUCCUUCAGCUUGGAGUUUUAGGGAUCCUAAUACCAUGUUAGACCAUAAAUAUUUGCUCAAGACCGCACAAGGACAGAUUAAAAAUUCAUCUACUUCAAGUCGUCAAAACUUAUUAGACCAUUUUGGGUUACAAAACCAUCUAAGUUCUAGCGGAAGAUACAGAUAUCAGUGCAAUGAGCAUAUAGUGCCUAAGGAGGUAGUUCAUCCCGAGAACCAACUUCCAAAGCCGGUUAAGACGACACUGACAUUUAUCGAACAAGAUAUAGUAGAGGAAGAAGCAGUCAAGAAGAAAAAUGAUGUGCCUUUUAUAGAUUUUCUUGGUGUAGGAAUUUGUUCUUGAUUACCAACGCUAUAUAUGUAUUUAAUAUUUAGGGUUUCUUGUGUAUGUGCACCAUAUAUAUGUAUAUGUGUGUUAAAACUAUCUUAUAACUCAAUUCACCGA